AUGAUAGGUUGUUCAUAUAAAAUUUUAUUUCUUUUUUUGUUGCUAUUUUUAAAAAAAGUUUAUACUGGAAGGAAUGAUGUAUAUAAAGUACCACCUGAACCAGAGGAUGUUAAAGUGGAAGCAAUUAAUGCUACAACAGUCCAUAUUACAUGGAAAGCUCCAUCAUCAUAUAGUGGUGUCAUAUUAGGAUAUAAUGUUUAUAAGGAAAAACUUUUUAAUGGGGAACCUGUUGAUAAUAAAUUGCAUAAGGCUAUUUCUGUUUAUCCAAAAGAGCAAUUAAGUGCUAUAAUAACAGAUUUAGAACCAAACACAGAAUAUUUAUUUAGAGUUAAUGCAGAAAAUAAAUUUGGGGAUGGGGAACAUUCAAAUCCUGUAAAAAUAAUGAUGAAUGGUUUGCCACCAUCCGCACCAAUUAUUCAAUCACUUAGUUUAAUAAAAGAAAAACCUCCUUUGACGGCACGUAUUGAAUGGUUACCACCAAAAGAAACUUAUGGUAAAAGUAUUAUAAAAUAUUAUUUAUGGUAUCGUCCAGAUAUUCAUACUGAAUUGAGUAGAAUUGAAGUAUCAGGAGAUGAAAGAUCAAUUGAAAUAAAAGAUCUUAUAAUGUUUCGUGAAUAUACAUUUAUUUUAGCUGCAGCAACAGUUGAUGGUAUUGGUGCUAAUACAACUGAAUCAUUAUCAACUCCAGCUGGUAUUCCAUCAUCAUCCCCAUUAAAUGUUCGUUAUGAUAUUGUUAGGGGAAAAAUAAUAUUUGCAUGGGAUCCUCCUCCACUUGACCAACAAAAUGGAAAUAUAACAUAUUAUAGGGCAUCUCUAACAUCUGAUUCAAAAAGACCAUUAGUUAAAAAUGUUACUGAAGGAACAUCGAUUGCCUUGGCAAUGCCGGUUAAAAGCACAUCUACUUUUAAAGUAGCAGCAGCAACAAUGAGCGGAUUAGGGCCUGAAUCUCCAGGACUUAUUAUCUAUCCAGAUGCAUCAGCUUCUGUUAAUGCACCAACAAAUGUCAAAGUACAAGCAACUAGCAAUUCUUCUGUUGUCGUCAUAUGGGAUUAUGAUGAUAAGAAUUUUGAUUCGGGAGCAGAUGGAUUUGUUAUUAAAUAUAUUCAUGAACCAUCAUUAAGGGGUCCACAUCAUGAUGUUGAAAGAUGGAGGUCUGUUUCAAUAAUGGAUUCAAAAGCAAGAUAUUUUGAGGUUGGACAACUUACUGCUCAUAAACCAUAUGCAUUUUGUGUAUUAACAGUAAAACAAAGUAGACAAGGACCAUGUUCUGAUCCUCCAGUUACAAUUGAACAAUUAAAACCACUUUUUAUUCCAACAAAUUUGCGUAUUGAAUAUAAAACAAGUAAUUCUGUUUCAUUAAGAUGGGAUUAUUUUGGACCUAAUGAUAUUGAAUUUUAUGUAAAUCGUACAAGUAGAAAAUCAUACUUAGAUCAUAAUUUAAAACCACAAGAAAUGGUAUCACCAGGAAUAAGAAAAAUAUUAAAAGGAAAUGAUAGAAGUCUUUUAUGGGAUAAUUUACGCCCACACAUGGAACAUACAUUUAAAGUAGGAGUCAUACACAAAGAUAUUUACUAUUGGCCAAGAGAAAUAAUUGUUCAAACAGACAACACUGGACCACCUUUUGUAGAUAAGCCAGAAUUUGUUGAGUCCAAAUCUCCCACAACAAUGAAUGUAAGAUUAAAGUGUGCUAGUGAAGAGUAUGGCCCAAUAAGUCACUAUUGGAUUAUUGUUGUACCAAGCAAUUAUACCCAAGACAAUGUUAACAAUCUCGAUUCACAAACUUUAAAAUAUCAUUCAGAAACAUUAAAAGGACAGUUAAAUAGAGAUGGAUAUAAUUCUCAAACAACUAGUAAUGUUAUUAAAAAAGUUAGACGCCAAAGUAAAGUUAAGGAUAGUAUUAUAUCGAUAACAGAUAACCAAAAUAUUAUUAAAAGAGUUACUAGAUAUUCUGGUGGUGCAUUGCCUACUGUUCCUUAUGUUACUGCUGGUAUUUCAGCACAAAGAAUGCAAAUCAUGCAAAAAGAACAAGAAUUAUUUACUAUUGGUGAUGGAAAAAUUUAUGAAGGUUUUGAAAAUUUUCCACUUCAUCCAUCUUCAAAAUAUAAAUUAAUGAUGAGAUCUUUUGCUAAAGAAAUUGAAGGCAAAAAAACAUUUUCACAACGUGCUCCUAUGAAUCAACCUAGAGCUAAAAAAUAUGCUGAUUCUAUGUUAACAAAUGAAUUUUCUACUUCAUCAUCUUUAUUAGAUCGUUCUUCACGUCAUUCUAGUUUAUGGUUAUUAGGACCAUUAAUUGCUAUGAUUAUUAUUUGUAUUAUUCUUGGUAUGCUUGUUAUAUGGUGGUGGAAAUUUAGUAAAAAAAAUGUAUCACAUUGUGGUAAUCGUCAUGGUUCUAUAACAAAAGUUGCAUUAACUGAUUCUGGAAAAGGUAUAAUGCCUAAUGAAACAUCAAAACUUCUUUUAGGAACUGAUCCAUAUGGAAGACCAAUUAUAAAUGCUUAUGAUGUACCACCAAAUCAUAAUGCUCAAUGCAAUAUGGGUGUCAUGGAAUCUAGUUUAAUUGAUGUUAAUUCAUCCUCACAACAAUGUGAUAAUAUGAAUGUUGGAUAUAAAAUUUCUAAUGGACAUGUACCAACAAUGUAUGGUUCACAUGAUAAUUAUCAAGAUCUUCCUAUGCCAAUGCCUUUAUUAUCUGAUUCUGCCACUGUUAUUGGACGUCACAAUAUUUCUAGAGCACCUAUACCUAUUUCAGAAUUAGCAUCACAAAUAGAUCGUCUUAAAUUAAAUGGUAAUCAAUUAUUUACUCAAGAAUAUGAAAGUAUUGAAAAUACAUGUAAUUUUACAUGGGAACAUUCAAAUAUGCAAUAUAAUAAAAAUAAAAAUAGAUAUGCAAAUGUUGUUGCAUAUGAUCAUUCUCGUGUUAUUUUAUCAACAAUUAAUGGUAUACCAGGUUCUGAUUAUAUAAAUGCAAAUUAUAUUGAUGGAUAUGAUAAACCAAAAGCAUAUAUUGCAACACAAGGUCCACUUCCUGAAACUUUUAAUGAUUUUUGGAGAAUGGUAUGGGAAGAAAAAUCAAUGACUAUAGUUAUGUUAACAAAAUUAGAAGAAAUGAAUAGAAUUAAAUGUGAUCAAUAUUGGCCAUCAAGAGGAUCACAAAUAUAUGGAAGUAUUCGUGUUACAAUUUUAGAUACACUUGAAUUAGCACAUUAUAUAAUAAGAACUUUUAGAAUUGAACAUUUAAUAGAAAAAGAAAUAAGAGAUAUUCGUCAAAUGCAAUAUACAUCAUGGCCUGAUCAUGGUGUACCUGAUCAUACAACACCAUUUUUAAUGUUUUUAAAACGUGUCAAAACAUUAAAUCAUCAUGAUGCAGGUCCUAUUAUUUCACAUUGUUCUGCAGGUAUUGGAAGAACAGGAGCAUUUAUUGUAAUUGAUUGUAUGCUUGAACGUUUACGUUAUGAUAAUACAGUUGAUAUAUAUGAAUGUGUUUGUAAUUUACGAUCACAACGAUGUUAUAUGGUUCAAACAGAUGAUCAAUAUAUUUUUAUUCAUGAUGCUGUUCUUGAUGCCGUUCAAUCAGGAUCUACAGAAGUUCCUGCAUCUAAAUUAUUCCCACACAUUCAAGUAUUAAUGCAACUUCAUCCAUUAGAUCAAGUUUCUGGUAUGGAACUUGAAUUUAGAACAUUAUCAUCUUUAAGAAUAACAAAUUCAAAUUUUGAUGUUGCUACAUUACCAAUUAAUAGAUCAAAAAAUAGAAAUAGUGUUGUAAUUCCUUAUGAUUCAACUCGUGUUAUUUUAAAAAUGAUAUCUGGAAUUGAAGGUUCUGAUUAUAUUAAUGCUAAUUGGAUUGAUGGUUAUAGGCAACGUAAGGCAUAUAUAGCAACACAAUCACCAUUACAACAUACAACAAAUGAUUUUUGGAGAAUGUUAUGGGAAACAGAAUCAUCAGUUAUUGUUAUGUUAACAAAAUUAAAAGAAUUAAGAGUAGAAAAAUGUUAUGAAUAUUGGCCUUCAGAAAAAAGUUUUCAAUAUGGUUAUUUGGUUGUUGAACCUAUUGCUGAAUAUAACAUGCAACAUUAUAUAUUAAGAGAAUUUAAGAUGAAUGAUACACAAUCAGGAAAUUAUAAAACAAUAAGACAUUUUCAAUAUAUGGAUUGGCCAGAACAUGGUGUACCAGAGUCAGCUGAAAUGUUUUUAGAAUUUGUUCAACAAAUUCAUAAUACUUGUAUACAAUUUGGAAUAGAUGGACCUAUAACUGUUCAUGAUCAUUUAGGAGCUGGAAGAGCUGGAGUAUUUAUUGCUGUUUCUAUUAUUAUAGAUCGUAUGAAGUUAGAACAUGUUGUUGAUGUAUUUACAACUGUAAAAUUAUUACGAAUAGAUAGACCUAUGAUGGUUCAGGAAAAGGAAGAAUAUAAUUUUUGUUAUCAAGCUGCAUUUGAAUUUUUACAAACAUUUGAGAAUCCAUAUUUAAUAUAA